AUGAUGUUUCAUUGUGGACCUCCUUUUUGUGCUGCAGUUGCAGUGGAUUCUGAUGGGGAUUCAUCAAAGAGGAAAGCCGUGAAAACUGCGGUGAAAUUGCUGCCCCCACAUGUCGUCCAGGAGGAGUUGACUCAGCGUCUUGACGAUGCCGUAGAGAAGAUUGGCAUCAAGAUGAGCUGGGAGGAGGGCGACUUCGCCAUCAAUGAUAACUUGGGAAACUGUCAUUACGCCUCGCCUGGCACGCAGAACUCCAAGCACAAAGCAGGGCUGAGGAUUCUGCAUCGCACCACUGUGGCGGGUGAAGACAUACCUGCCAAGUUCGAUGGGCGAGCAUCGUUCCAGCUAGAUGUGUAA